ACCGUGGUCUGACGCUUCGCUCAAUUUCCGACAGUGUAGCUCUGGCUGCCCCCAGCUGUGGGGUUCGAAGGUUCGAGUCUCACUGCGGGAAUGAGCCUCUUUGACCUCUUUCGGGGCUUUUUCGGCUUUUCUGGACUUCGGAGCCACAGAGAUCCCUUUUUUGGAGGGAUGACUCGCGAUGAAGAUGAAGAUGAUGAGGAAGAAGAAGGAGCCACGUGGGGCCGUGGGAGCUCGAGGUUUGAGGGUCCCCAGCCCCCCGAGGAAUUUGGCUUCGGCUUCAGCUUCAGCCCAGGAGGAGGGAUGCGUUUCCACGAUAACUUCGGCUUUGAUGACCUAGUACGGGAUUUCAAUAACAUCUUCAGCGAGAUGGGGGCCUGGACCUUGCCUUCCCGCCCUCCUGAACUUCCAGGUCCUGAGUCAGAGACACCUGGUGAGAGACGGCAGGAAGGACAGACGCUUCGGGACUCAAUGCUUAAGUAUCCAGAUAGUCACCAGCCUAGGAUCUUUCGUGGGGCCUUGGAGAGUGAUGCAAGAACUGAAUCCUCCAAACCAGCACCAGGCUGGGGCUCCCAGAGACCUUUUCAUAGGUUUGAUGAUACAUGGCCUGUGACCCCCCAUUCUAGAGCCAGAGAGGACAAUGAUCUUGAUACCCAGGUUUCCGAGGAGGGCCUUGGACCAGUUCUGCAGCCCCAGCCCAAAUCCUAUUUCAAGAGCGUCUCUGUGACUAAGAUCACUAAGCCAGAUGGGACAGUAGAGGAGCGCCGGACUGUGGUGGACAGUGAGGGCCGGAAAGAGACCACAGUAACCCAUCAAGAAGCAGGUGGCUCUCCUAGGGAUGGUCCAGAAUCACCAACACCUCCAUCCCUGGAUGAUGCCUUUUCCAUCCUGGAUUUGUUCCUAGGACGUUGGUUCCGGUCCCGGUAGCCUUGUUAACCCUCAGAGGCCUUUAGGUUCUUUCCCCCUCCCACCCUUUGCUCACCAGCAAUGGGCUUAGUUCUCCUCCUGCCGCCUCAGCACCUUGGGUGUGUGGAACAGUGAAUUGAGGGUAUGUCAGUAUGUCACUCACCCAGACUGACCAAUAAAACCUUUAUUUAUGCUAA